GCCACUUUCAUUUUACCACCAAACCUUUGAAAAUCAACCUUGCGAUUGCGAAAUAACAAGUGUAACGCAAUACACGAUAAUUCUAAGUUCCUAGAAAUGCACAAGAUUUAAAAGCAACCCAAUAUUAUGGGCAGUAGAGCAAUAUAAGAGAGUUGAACGCGGACCAAACGCGCAUUCUUUAUAUGAAUAUCACGGGGAUUAAGUGCACUCGCCCACCGUUCGUCUCACAAUCUUCCGGUUGGCCGGAAUCUGCUAUGAAAUCAGCUCGAGCAAAUUAUUUGCUAUUGUAGAUUCUGUGACAGUUUCUAAAGUGAAAGCGAUAAGUGCGGUCGAAAACAAUGAGUUUUAUUUAAAGCCGAAGGCUGAUAAUUAUUGUGUUUUAGAGAUAGAGAACAUAGUAGACAAAUGAGUUUUUCGUAAAUAGCGAAAUUAAUAAACAAUGUCGCUUUCGUUAUUACUAUGGCAAAGCUACACAUUUAUUGCGUGUAUUUCUCGCUUUUAAUAUUCGUAUGGAGCCAUGCUGCCAGAACGGUGAAGGGAAAUAACAACGUAUACACGCUAGUUUAUGGCAGUGAGGCAAACUUAGCAAAUUUAUAUAAGGAGACCAAAAUUCUGCGAGAAAUAUUAACAGAACAUCGUCAGAGUCUAAGUAACCUACAGAAGAACUAUGCAAGUCUGCAAAAGCGUUUAGACAAUUUGGAGAUUACACAAAAACGCCAAAGUAAUGCUAAUAUAGUGCAGAAGCUUCAAAAAUACAUCGUGUCGAAGCUCAACGAACAGAGUAAAGAGCUGAUGCAAAAGCAAAGUAAUUACAAAAACACAAUUCAGGACAUAUUUGAAACACAAAUGAAAACAUUUAAGAAAGAGCUGAAGAAUUACAAAACCAAAUUGCUCGACCAAAUGCAAAGUGAACUCGGUAAACGAAAAAAUUACACACAGGAUAGCGAUGAAAAGCAUAUCGAUAUGAAAACGCACAAAACACUUAUCGAAUUUUUGACAAAUCUAAAAAACAAUAGCAAAGAGAUAAAAAAGUUGCCCCCAGAAGCCGUCACAUUAUUUAACGAUAUCACGAAUAUAAUUGAGAAUCCUUUGUCAAAUGAAGACGAUGAAGAUACAUGGUCUUGGUAUGCGAAAUAUUUGCCAAAUGCAUACGACGAAACGGUCAAGGUGAAUGCGAAGCCAGCAGUUGAUGUUGAAAUCGCAGACAGCUGCCACAAAGCGAUCACAUCAAUGCAGAUCGAGGAAGCAACCGCUGGCGACAUCUAUGCUUUGAAUAUGACGAAAUAUAAUUUGACCAAUAUGUAUGGUUAUUGUUUACCUGAUCCGCAUGGUGAGGAGGCAUGGCUGGUCAUAGAGCGACGUAUUAGCAAUGCUAUUUUGUUUAACCGCACUUGGCAGGAGUACAAAAAUGGUUUCGGUGAUUUAACUGAUAGUUUUUUUAUUGGACUUGAGCGAUUACAUAAACUGCUACUGGGUUCGAAUUCCCAAUUAUGGAUACAAUUGGGCAAAGAAUCUAAUGAAAGUCCUCAUAGAAUUUAUACGAACUUUAUGAUAUCCAAUGAAACAGAUCAAUAUAGAUUAACAUCGUUGAAUCUCGAAGACCUUAGGGAUGACCUGGUCAACGCAAAAGGUUGGAGUUUUCAAACAUUUGAUGUCGGAAAUAAAUGCGCAGAGAUAAUGCAAAGUGGCUGGUGGUAUAAUGAGACAGUAGAACAGAAUGUUUGUAGCAAUGGAAACUUGAAUACAAAACUGGAAAAUGUGUCCUGGAAUGGCCAUACAGAUGUCGUUUAUAUGCAUAUGGCAAUAAGGCAUAAGGACCCUCCAGUAAAACUCCAUAUUUCAUUCGAAUGAUAGAGACGCAGACGCAGACUUCGUAAGCGAGAAAAUUCACAAAAAAAAAACCAUUGUUUACAUCUUUGAAUUAAAUGUAGAAAUAAAAAUUCAUCUGCUGCAACUUAAAGAAUGUCUCCAAAA